AAAGAGAUUCUGGUUUUCUCCAAAGCCCGAGAAAGACCAAAAGAAAGAGAGAGAGAAAACAAAGCCAAACACCAUUACAGCAAUGCCCUGUACAAAGCUUAUGUUUUUGAGGGACACACCCACACGAGUGCUUCUCGACUUGCAUGCAACCUCCCCUCUCCUCCCCUAUCAACUUUUCUUUUUCUUUUUUCUGUUUAUUUCAGAGAUCACUCUCAAAAUAAGCACCCCUGCCUUCGCAAAUUUAUGUAUAAAGUGCGAGAUAAAAGAGAGAAUCGUGUGGCUGCUUCUCUUCUUUUUUGUUAUUGCGACUGCUUGCUUUCUUUCUUUGUCAUUCAACAACCACUUUCUUACCCCCAUUCUGUUUCUUUUUUUCAUAAUCAUUCUCUCUUCUUCUGCCUCAUAAAUAACUAAGCAACUCUCAUGUAUUUUCUUGCCUCAAAAAUGCAAAUUUGCCUCUUUCUUCUCUGAUCACUUGUUUUCUCUCUGUUGAACAAAACCCACUUCUUCUUUCCCCGUUUCUAACCGUCUUUCUCUCUGUUUGUGAAGCAUUAUUGAAGGAGAAGGCUUUGGAGUUUUCAACUAUUGUUUUGCUCCUUCUUCCAGUGUCUGGUUUUAUAUCUGGUUUCUUUUUGGUCAAAAUGAGUGUACAACACCUAAGGAGUGAGAGUAAUAGUUUCAGCCGGUAUCAAAACGUUAACUUUCUGCCUCCACCUGCAGCUUCUCAUCUCUCUCUUGCUACAUUUGGGGUAAUGAGUAAGCGUAGGGACACAGAAACCGUACCUCCUCAAAUGGGGUUUCACAUUUCUAGUCAUUCAAUGGAUCAAAAAGGAAGGCAGUGGAGUAUUCAACAGGUAGAAAACAGGGGAACAAAGAGACCUCAUGAUGGGAGUGAUGGCAUUUUCGGGGUUCAAAAGAAAGAUCUUUCUUUGGAUAUAGGUGAAGAAGAGGAGCCUAAGAGCUGUGCUACUGGUAAAAAUGGGCACACAAAGCUUUGUGCCCGAGGCCAUUGGAGACCUGCUGAAGAUGCCAAACUCAAAGACCUUGUGGCGCAAUAUGGUCCUCAAAACUGGAAUUUGAUUGCGGAGAAUCUUGAAGGGAGAUCAGGGAAGAGCUGUAGAUUAAGGUGGUUCAACCAGCUGGAUCCAAGAAUAAACAGGAGGGCUUUCACUGAGGAAGAAGAGGAGAGACUCUUAUCUGCUCAUAGAUUAUAUGGGAACAAAUGGGCUAUGAUUGCUAGACUCUUCCCUGGCAGGACUGAUAAUGCAGUGAAGAACCAUUGGCAUGUGAUUAUGGCAAGGAAACAUAGAGAACAAUCCAGCAUUUACAGGAGAAGGAAGCCUUCUUCUUCCUCUCAGAUCGCCCCACCCAUUAAGGGACUUGAUGUUAAUUCGCAGAAGAAUGCUUGCAGUGAAUCAACAACCAUAUCCAGCACCAUUGAUGAAUCUGCUUCAACAUGUACUGAUCUCUACCUUAGCCCUUCUUCAACCAAGGCACCUCCUAUGCUUUUCACUAGGUUCAGUCCCCAAGGAGCUCCCAUGGGUCCAUUUGCUGAGAAGGAAGUGGCAAUGGGAAACGUGGAACUUGACAAGUUGUAUCUGAGUAGGGGCAAAGGGUUCUAUCAAGCUGGGUCCAUUGGACUGGUUACUGGGUUGGACCAAUCUGGUCAGUCAGAUUCAAACUCGGAAGUGUCUGCAAGUGAGUCAGUUGGCACCAACGGGAUCGGUGACAAUGAAAAUAGGAGUCAGAAAAUAAAUGUGACCUUCAUUGACUUCCUCGGUCUAGGAGCUACAUAAGAACUGUUCAUUUUGGUAUAAAAUUUGAGAAAACCAGGUGAUCAUAACAAAGAGAAGUGGAUCAGCAGGCCUGAUUCUUACCUCUGAAUCUUGCUACAGACCACAGUGAAUCUCAUAUACAGUUAGUUCCAUAUGUAGAAAAAGGAGAACAAGAGUAAAAAGUAAGUAAAUAGGAGGAAGAAACAGCAGUAGCAUCUACCCUAUUUGUUUCAGAAAUAUUUCUCUCUCUCUCUCUCUUUUUUUUUUUUUUAAAAAAAAAAAAGAAACCCCCUAUGUUUUGGACUUGUGUAGCAAAAAACACCAUGAGCUAGGUCCUUGUCUAUGAUGUUCAUGCCUCCAUCUCCAUGGCUGUUUCUUAAAUCUCUGAACGAGUAGUGAUCAUUACUGACUAAAACGUGAAUGAAGACGGUGGCCAUCCUUUGAUGAGUUUUCAAAUUGGGUGUGCAGUGUGUUGUGUGAUUGGCUUUCUCUGUAACUUUUAGUCAUCAAUCGCUCUCCCCAUCUCAUGCUUUGCACGCACUUGCAAAAUACAAAUAUAUAUUAUAUUCUUGGAUUAUUGUGUCA